AUUCUACUUAUCCCUUUGUUGUUCUGUCAACCCUUUCCCUUUCUCCGGAUGUCUCUAUGCUCUCAAUAUAAUCUCUCUGUCUGGAAAGCUUUACGCAGUCAACGAUCAUCAACAGAGGAAGAAAAUACAAAUAACAAAAAUGAUGAGCCACACUCACAAUCACAAUCACCAUUCUACUUAUUCUUCCAAGAAAAUGCAGAGAUAUACUCAGGAUUAUGUUGAGGCUCUUCAAGAGGAGCUUCACAAGAUCCAGCACUUCCAACGCGACCUUCCUCUCUCUCUGCAUCUUCUCACUCAAGCGAUUGAGGCAUGCAAGCAACAAUUGUCGGGGACAACAACAACUCUUGUUUUGGAAGAAUUUAUACCCAUUAAUAGGACUUCCUCUUUUGAUCAACUUCACAAACCCAAAGACAAAAACAUAAAAAACAAUGACAUCAACUCUUCACAGAAAUCUGAAUGGCUUAAAUCUGUUCAGUUAUGGAAUCAGACCCCCGAUCCACUUACCAAACAGGACUCACCUAAAAACGCAUCAGUCAUAAGCAAUAGUGGGGGUGCUUUUCAUCCUUUUAAUGGAGAGAAAAGUGUUGGGACAAUUCAUACAACAACAGCUAGGUCACCUUCUUCAGAUUUGAAUGCUGUGGAGGCGGCGGCGACUGCGACGUCAAUGGAAGGAACAGGCUGCGAUACUGGCGGCGGCGGCGGUGGCGGCGGUGGCGGUGCUGGUGCUGGUGGGAGUAAGAAAGAAGAGAAGGGUCGGAGGAGAAAGGAGAGGCGGUACUGGUCGCCGGAGUUGCAUAGAAGGUUCUUACAUGCCCUACAACAGCUGGGUAGUCCUGAUGUGGCAACACCUAAGCAAAUUAGGGAGUUAAUGAAUGUUGAUGGGCUUACAAAUGAUGAAGUCAAGAGCCAUUUACAGAAAUAUCGUUUGCAUACAAGAACUCCUUCAAUUCACAAUAACAACAAUUUUCCACAAACACCCCAAUUUGUAGUGUUGGGAGGAUUUUGGGUUCCACCACCAGAAUACACGAUGGUGACAUCAAUAGCUGCACCACCAGCUCCGCUCCCAUGAAAAAGUUUAGAAGUAUAGAAACUAAUCACAUAACCUAACACAAUUGUGUUCGGUUAUGUGAUCGGUUUCUGUAUAAGUAAAAGAACUACGGCUCCCAUAGACAACAACAUGUCAGACACAGACGACAAUAGCUUGCCACUAAAGUCUCAACAGCUGCUUAGCUUCGGUUGUGUGAAGAGUUAUAUAGAAAUUUUGUUACAAACUCUUACUUGAAUGUCUUAUGUAAUCCUCAAAUACUAGAGAUAAAACAGUAUAGCAGAGAAAAUUAUAGAAAUAAUGGUGGGUCCUUCUUAUCUCAAUUUUAUGUUGUAUUUUUAAAUUUUCUUUUUUUUUUUGGGUGUAACAUUUAGAGGAUGUUGGACACAUUUGAUAGUGAUAGAAAGAUAUUGAAGUUGAAUAAAAUCCUACACUAUGCUGGUUAAUUUCAAUAA